GUUUGUCCCAUCGAUAUCUGCGAACCUCGAAUCUUUUCCACGACAACCACCGCCAACAUGUCUGCCAUUAACAAGAUCGCAGCCAACAGCGCAUCGCGCCAAAAGCCAUCGGAGCUCGAGACCAGCAUCGCUGGUGCUCUCUACGACCUCGAGACCAACACCUCCGACCUCAAGGCUGCUCUCCGACCACUCCAAUUCGUUUCUGCGAAAGAGGUAAGCUCCAUCUAACCUCGAUAUGUGUACACAGGAGGAAGCACUUGGGCACGCAGCUACCAACGCACGAACAAACGACUCGGGCGCCGGCGUCAAUUGUACAGAAGAACCCGGUUUUAUAUCAAUUCAAGCUUGAGAUACAGAAUGAUGAGGAUAUCGAAUCAGUGGGUUUGGUAUAUUUUGAGCGUCCGGUGAUCUGAAGUUGUGGAAUCGGACGGGCUGCGGACCACUGUUUUUCUUCCUUUCCUGAAAUAUGGAAAUGAUCAAAACGUGGAGAUCGCAUGCUGACUUUGAUCGCGUUGUAGAUUGAAGUUGGCCACGGCAAGAAGGCUAUCGUCAUCUUUGUCCCCGUCCCAUCCCUUCAAGGUUUCCACAAGGUGCAGCAACGGUAUUUACCCCUUGACCCUAUAUGAUCGAAUGCCCAGCUAAACAACAUAGUCUCACCCGUGAGCUCGAGAAGAAGUUCUCCGACCGUCACGUCCUGAUCCUCGCAUCCCGCCGUAUCUUACCCCGCCCAAAGAGAUCCAACCGAUCCCGAACCUCCCUCACCCAAAAGAGACCUCGUUCCCGAACACUCACCGCCGUCCACGAUGCCAUCCUCACCGAUCUCGUUUUCCCAGUUGAGAUUGUCGGCAAACGUCUCCGCACCAAGGAAGAUGGAAGCAAGACCUUGAAGGUUGUUCUUGACGAGAAGGAGAAGGGAGGUGUUGACCACAGACUCGAUACUUACUCUGAGGUUUACCGAAAGUUGACUGGACGUGGUGUCGCUUUCGAGUUCCCACAAGGUGGUGCUUCUGAGUACUAGAGGAUGGGUAUGUGAAGAGAAAUG